AUGUUUGCUGAGCCGUCUCAGGAGCAACCAGUGACGAUGCCGCGCCCAGACUUGGAGAAGUUGGGCGUCAAGUAUCGGCGAAUACCCAUUUUAGCGAUUGGACGAGACGUUUAUCUCGACACGAGGCUCAUUCUGCGAAAACUAGAGGAGAAGUUUCCGAAUGGUAAGCUGGGCAGUGACAAGCCGGAGCAGCAGUUCACCGAGAGACUGCUGGAGAGGUAUAUGGUGGAAGGGCCGGUAUUCCAGCAAGCCGCAGGCUUGGUGCCGUCGGCGUUUCUCAAGGACCCUACAUUUGCUAAAGACAGGAAGGGGUUCUUGGGCCGAGACUGGACUCCAGAAGAGAUGGAUGAAAGACGGCCGGAGUGUCUGGUGUUCAUUAAGAAUCUGUUUGACCUGCUGGAAACGACAAUUUUGGCCGACGGGCGCCAGUGGGUUCUUGAAACCGAGCGGCCGUCCUUGGCUGAUUUACAAGGUGAGACCUUUUCUCUUUUGAUGAUUCGUCAGUCGAUAUUUCGAUCCUCGCGGGCUUUUGCAGUGGUUGGUGGUGUGUGGUGCAACAGUGGCCAGGCAAGGAAGAGCAUUGCUAUAUCGAGGAAGAAUCGGGCAGUACUCGCUCCGGGGCUAGAGUCGGGCACUUUCAACCUUGCAUUGGGCAUAGGCACUGGCUCGUUGUUGACGGGCGUAUGGAAAUGCCGUGUAUUCGAAGCAGCAGAGCGUCAUCUGGCACCGGGCUAA